ACGCAAGGAGGCGGGGCCACGCUUAGCAGGCUAUAAAUACGUGACGCGGGACGCAUGGCUUUCUCUUUCCUUAAUGCCGUGGAGCAGGUUGGCGGAGUAACGCCCGAAAUCCAUUAGACAUCGAGGAUGGCCGAGGAAGGCAUUUCUAUUUCUGCUGGAGGUGUAAUGGAUAUCAACACCGCGCUUCAAGAAGUGCUCAAGACCGCACUUAUACAUGACGGCCUGGCCCGUGGUAUUCGUGAAGCUGCCAAGGCUCUUGACAAACGCCAAGCUCACCUGUGCGUCCUAGCUUCCAACUGUGAUGAGCCCAUGUACGUGAAACUCGUUGAGGCUCUAUGUGCUGAGCAUCAGAUCAAUCUCAUCAAGGUUGACGACAGUAAGAAGCUUGGCGAAUGGGUGGGUCUCUGUAAAAUCGACAGGGAAGGCAAACCCCGUAAGGUGGUCGGCUGCAGCUGUGUGGUUGUCAAGGACUAUGGCAAGGAAUCCCAGGCCAAAGAUGUCAUUGAAGAAUACUUUAAGUGCAAGAAAUGAACAUCUGAAUAAAAGUUCGGAAACUGAACA